AUGACAAACCCCAGAGAAAGACUAGCAAUGCUCCAUGGCCACAUACUACAUAGAAAUGAAUCAGAGAUACAACCAAUGUUUCCUAUGCUAUCAGUAAAUGAGAGGAAUCAAUUUUUCGCUCAAAGAGUUUCUCCACCUAAUAUAAGGAUGAAAUCUACCCAUCAAUUUGGUGCAAAUAAUUUGAAAAGUGAAUUAAAGGCACCCAGAACCUUUCACAAUACGUCACUGAUUUCACCAAAAAAUCUUAUCAGACUUGACGACAAUGAAGCAAUAUCGAGGGGACUCACCAAACAAAUAGAGUCACUUUACCAAAUAUCUGGUUUAAAUAAUCGUCAAUUAAUUGUUGAUGAAGACACAAAUUCUUGGACGAAAAUAGUAUCAAAAGCUUUAGAGAACCCUUCAGAACAGGUUUUGCUCAUUACUAGUGGAGAUGUAAGUGAUUUUGUUAAUAAAUGCAAAGCUGAAUUUGACAACUUCCAUUCAAAAUUUAUGGUAUUCAAGGUAAAAUCUGGCCAUAAAUUGGACAGAUAUCUACUUCAAGAUAUAUUGACAUCCCAGAAGUUUUCCUUAGCAAUUAUAACCCACACUAAUAUGAACAUUGGUAUUCAGCUAGAUAUAAAAAGAAUCAAUGAAAUCAUCGGUAAAGUGAGCCCUAAAACAUUGCGGGGGGUCGAUGUUUCAUCAUCGAUAGGAGCACAGGCCAUAGAACCAGAACAAUGGAAGUCAGAUGUUGUUUUUGGGGAAAUGAAAACGAUAUCUAUUAUAUAUUUAUCAGGAACUUUUAUCGAGCGAUUCGGGCACAUCGAAUCCAAAAAAAUGGAUACUGAUAAACUUUCCCAAUUAUUUGGCGAACUAAAAAGGAUUAUUGGGGACGAGGAAUCUAUUAGCACGCUCGAUAUCAAAUUACAACAGUAUAAGUUAAUCACAAAUACUGUUUAUGAAUAUUUACAAAAUUUUUUUGAGAUUUUGCCUGAACUUUCAAGGUAUAGAACCAACUGCAUAUGUUCAUUUAAAAUAGCGGAAAAAGAUUUUGAAAGAAAUAGUGAAGCAAUCGAAAAAUUGGGCAUCUCAGUUAAUAAAGGUUUCUUGAAGGAUAUAGAUAGCCAUUUUUUGGCCUUUGAUUUCAGGGACUUUGAAUUAACCUACGAUGAAAAUGGGGUCGAAUUAGAGGAAUUACUUGAAGCAUUUGAGAACAACUAUCUUGAAAUGUCAUAA